ACCUGGGCACUUCGCCGAUCUCUCACCCAAAGAGAAUAAUCGAAUCCUGAAGAAUCAAAACAACAGAUUUUUUCCAGUAAAUUUCCUUGGAAGAUAUUUAGUUGAAUGGACUUGUUAGAUGCAAACUUGGAGCUCAAAGAAAUUCAAAAGCUUCAAGGCCACUCCGAUAGGGUUUGGAGCCUCGCUUGGAAUCCCGCCACUGCUUCCGCCGAUGUACCGGCGGUUUUCGCUUCUUGCAGUGGAGAUAAGACCGUUCGAAUCUGGGAGCAGAGUCCCUCCACUCGCUUCUGGGACUGCAAGGCUGUCUUAGAAGAAACACAUACUAGAACGGUAAGAUCAUGUGCUUGGUCACCUUCAGGGAAAUUGUUGGCCACUGCUAGCUUUGAUGCUACCACUGCCAUAUGGGAAAAUGUUGGGGGCGACUUUGAAUGCGUUUCCACUUUAGAGGGUCAUGAAAAUGAAGUGAAAAGUGUAUCUUGGAAUGCAUCGGGUUCUCUUCUUGCGACAUGUGGGAGAGAUAAAACUGUAUGGAUUUGGGAAGUCAUGCCAGGGAAUGAGUUUGAGUGUAUUCAAGUUUUGCAAGGCCAUACUCAAGACGUGAAAAUGGUUCGAUGGCAUCCAACCAUGGAUAUUUUGUUUUCCUGUAGCUAUGAUAACACCGUCAAGGUUUGGUGGUCAGAGGAUGAUGAUGGUGAUUGGAGCUGUGUACAGACUUUAGGUGAAUCUAGCCAUGGUCACAGUUCCACCGCUUGGUCACUUGAUUUUAAUGCUAAGGGAGACAAGUUGGUAACUUGUAGUGAUGAUCUCACCCUGAAGAUAUGGAAAGCAGACGUACCAACGAUGCAGUCAGGAGAUGGUUAUGCACCCUGGAAUCAUCUGUGCACUCUUUCAGGUUAUCAUGAUCGAACAAUUUUUUCAGUUCACUGGUCAAGAGAGGGAAUUAUUGCCAGUGGAGCUGCUGAUGAUGCUGUACGGUUGUUUGUACAGGGAAAAGAUGGUUUGAUGAAUGAACCUUCAUAUCAAUUGCUAUUGAAGAAGGAGAAGGCCCAUGACAUGGACAUAAAUUCAGUACAAUGGUGCCCUGGGGAAAAGCGUCUCCUUGCUUCUGCUAGCGAUGAUGGGACAAUAAAGGUGUGGGAGCUGGCAACUUUGUCGUGAUCAAAAUUUCUCAUUUCGGGAAUCCGUAUGAUUGCGGUGUGGAUAAUUAUAUAUUUAGGAAACAUGGUUGCAAUAAUAGUCGAGCAGAAUUGUGGUAUAAUUGCAAAAUUCGACAACUUUAGCCAUCUUCUCGUCAAAAUCUGAUUGUUUAGGCGGCCAGUUCUUUUUUACUGAUCUGAAACAUGAAUUUUUGUUCGUAUAACUAUGAAGCAAGCCGAUGUUAGGAAAUAG